UGUGCUGCUGGUGCAAUGACACACGUUUCUGAAUUAUGUAACAUUUUACUGACUCAUGAUGCUGAUGUUCAUGCGGCAGACAAAUAUAGGAACCAACCACUACAUGUGGCAUGUAGACACAAUAAUAUUAAAAUUGGGAAAGUGUUGAUAUCUCAUGGAGCAGAUGUAGUUGCUAUUAAUGGACAGAACUUAUCACCUUUUCAAUUAGCAUCACGACAUUGUGAGAAUCAUCCUGACUUGUGUUUAGCUCUUUCUAGGGCAGGAUUGACCUCAAUUCAGACUGAACACAUUUGUCAAGCUUUGGAAUUUGCAUUCAGUAAAAACAAUCAACUUACUGGUUGGGUGUUGAGUAAGAUUUAUACACAGACAGAAACCUCCCUUACUGAAAAGUUGUCUGAAUGGAUUGACACGAUAGAUAUUGAUGAAUUGCUUGUAACAGCACUUGAUCAGAAACAAAUAGAGUCGUGUUUGAUUCUGAUAGAAAAUGGUGCAAGUGUGAAUGGGCCAGAUCUAUGUCCUGUUCGACCUCUUACACUAUCAGUCAGAGAAGGACAAUUAAACAUGUGUAAAGUUUUGAUUGAACGAGGAGCAUCAGUUAAUGCUGAGGGUUACAAGUAUAAAGAACCACCUAUAUAUUAUGCUCUUACUGGGAACAAAACUGAAAUCGUGAAGCUUCUUCUCUCACAUGGUGCAGAAUUCAUGAAUAUUAAAAUUAGAAACAGAUCAGCAUUAGAACGCUCACAGACAACAGGAAGUCGCGCAGUGGCAAGAAUGUUGAAUGCUGCAGCUUCUUAUCCUGAAGAGAUUGUAUCUCAAGGAGAAGCAGCAAUGCGUAUCUAUGAUGCCGCAUGCAAUGAAGAAAAUGCAGUGACUGUAUUUUUGCGUGUUGAUGUUGUCGGUCGUGAUGGUGCUGGAAAGACAAGUUUGACAAAGUCGAUCACUCUCAUGAAGUUUGACCAGUAUGAGCCGAGCACAAGAGGUGUCAUUCCAAUGAGUCGCAUUAUCAUGAAAGAAGCACGUAACUGGACUGUUCCUGUCACCAGUGAACGUUACAGAGAUCUGUACGACAAGAACAUCACGGCAGUUAUGGCAGAGGCUUUUAAUAGACCAGAAGAAAAAGAUAAGUUUUUGACAUUGGCAAGAGACAAGAAGACGAGCACAAGGAAACAAAAUAGUAAGACAUCAGUGAAGUCCAGUUCAAAGCUGAUGGCAAUAGCAAGUUCCACUGAUGGGCAAAGAGACGAGCAAUCAGAUGAUAUGUCAAUGAACGGUGGUGACAACGUACUUGAGCAGCCUGUUGCUAUGAGGUUAGAAGAGGUCAGUAAUGACCGACAACUUUCAGAAUCUUUGGAGUUAAAUGAUGAGAGUGCACAUGUGAGUGGUGAUGUAACUGGUGAAGACAGAGAGACAAGAGAACGAUCAACAGAGAUGUGUUGUAGUUCAGGUAGUGCAAGAGACAAUGUUGAAGCACAAGUAGAAUCAGUAGCAGGUUUUAGUUCAGAGACUGUAGUAGUAGCCGUUGAUACUGAUAGUUCAGAAAAGAGUGAAACAAAGGAAAUAGGAAAUGUACGAAGAAGAAAAAGAAGAAGGAAGAAGAAAGCAAGUAAGAUGAAGACAUCUGAUAAACGACCAUCACGACAAUCUCGUCAGACGGUGACGAGCAGAAAGAAGAGAAAGAGAACUUAUCAACUAAGUUCACAAUUCUCCUCAGAUGUGCAGUCUUCGACAUCUACAGAUACACAGCAACAUCAGCCACAAUCAAAACGAAGGAAGAAAUCUAAAUUGAAAGAGCCACGUGGUCAGUCACAGUGUUCAGGCUCGGCAGCAGUUUCUGGUAAUAGUGAGAGCAAGGCUAAUGAGUCAAAGGAUAUACCCGAAGGCAUCAAAAGAAGAGUGACCGACUAUCUGAGAAAUAGUGAAUCUCUUCGGAAGGCCAAAGAUGAAAUCAUGGUCACCAUUUUAGAUUAUGCCGGUCAGCAUGUGUUUUACACAACACAUCAGCUUUUCCUCUCUCGAGCUGCUUUCUACUAUGUGGUGUUUGAUGCUUCUCAACCAUUGGGUAGCCAGACGGCAUCGGUAUUUCGUAAACUUGAUGGCGAAGUAGUUUACAUGGGUGACAUAGCUGAUGCUACAAACUACGAACGAGUUGAAGAAUGGAUAUCAGCCAUUCACAUUAUGGAAGCGGAGCCGUCAUAUUUCAUGAUAUUUGAGAAUGUAGGCAUACGAUCACCUGGAAUCUUCCUUGUUGGUACACACGCUGAUGUACUAAGAAAAGAGGAAGGGAAGUUGGAGAAGCAAGACGAAUUCAUGAAGAAGAAACUGCAAGACACAGAGCUGUCAGAGCACAUCAUAUGGGCAUCUAAAGACAGAAUGUGUUUCUAUGUCGAUAACUCGAUGACGAAUGCAGACAGUGGUGCUGUAGAUCCACAAGUACAGUUGCUGUGUCAAAAGACAGAAGAGGUAGCACGUCAGGUGGCAAAACACGACAAGCUUCCAAUGACGUGGCUUCGAUUUAAAGAAGAGCUUCACCAGUUGAAAGAAGAUGAGACGACAAGAAAGGUCGUGUCUGUAGACGAGUUGCUGCAACUUGCCCAAAGAGUUGGCGGUAUCAAGACCAAAGAAGAGUUCAUGGUAUUGCUGCAGUAUCUGAGCAAUCGUGCUGUUGUUCUUUAUCAUCCAAAAGCUUUAAAGACUGCAGAGAAAGAAGUCGUUCUAGAUGUUGAGUGGCUGAUGUCUCAACUAGAAAAGGUGGUGACCAUUCACACAGCUGUUCCCUCGAUGUGGAAGAGGGAUAUGGCACGUUGUGCAGAGACAGGUAUCAUGACACAAGAAUGUCUCGACUACUUGUUACCAGACUUGUCGUGUCGUAGCAUCAUCAAGUCACUUCUGAAGUAUUAUGACUUGAUGUGUCCAUAUCUUGGACUGGAUGCCAACAGUUUGGAAUUUUCCAGUGAUCAACAGGAUUACGUCAACUUGAAAUUCCAGUCUAUUGAAAAUGAAGACAAGUCACAGUGUCAAGCAUAUUUUGUGCCUUGCUUACUACAGAAAGAGUCUUCACUGUUAUCUACAGAGAUACCCUACAGUCAUAAGACUGCUGCUCUUAUUUUACAUUCUGGUAAUAUUCGUAUGCCUAAGCCUUUAUUCUACCGUCUACUCACUCGAUUGGCAAAACGAUUUCGUCGUUUGCCACAAUUGUUUCAGAAUGUUGGCUACUUCAGGGUUUAUAACCACCACAAGCUGGAGAUUUCAUUAGACAAGCACAGUUUGCAGAUGAUUGUCUGUACUGACCACAAGGAUCCUCUUCCAGCAGUAUGUGCUCUUGUCAAAGAUUUUGUUGUCACUUCAGUUGAUGAAGCUAAACAACAAGGCAUGCCAGGAUUAAAGCUGCAACUAGGUUACAUGUGGAACAAUCCAGAUCACAUUGGAACUGAUUCUGAAUUUGUGUCUCUGAAAGGAUGGAAUGAUUUACCAGAAACCGUGUAUGUUAAAUCACUGGACAAGGAAGUCAGACUUUCAGAAACCUUACAUGCUUGGUUUCCUGCAAACAGUGAGUUUGCUGUCCCUUUGGAGCCUGACAUGUAUGUGUUACCUGAUACACACUUGCUACAUUAUGGGAAGGAAAAGAGUUUAGCUCAGUGUCUUCCAGCAUACACAAUACAGUCAACCACUCCAAUUUCUCAUCUUCUGAGUGACACUCAUGUUCAUGAAUGCCUUCAAAAGGUAGCUGAAGUUAUGGAUAAAGAAGAGGACAUAAUAUGUGACGACUGGAGGAGUUUGUGGUGUGACCUACUUGAACGACCUUUAAGUGAAAUGAAGAUGAAGAUUCAACAAACUGCAAAUACCAGUCCAACUCACUUUGUUCUGAAGAAAUGGAUACACAAGUCAUCAUCAGCAACUGUCGGCAAACUCAUUGAACGACUUACUGCUAUUUAUCGAAAUGAUGUGGCAGAAAUUCUGAUGAAAUACUUAAAUGAAGGAGACUGUAAGAUAAGGACAGUCACUACAGACAAUACAGGUAGACAGUCUUCCAGGGCAUUUUCUGUUUACUCGAGAGAUAGCCAGAUGGUGACUCUAAAAACUGCAGUUAAAGAUCUUCUAGUUUAUCCUUUCAGUCAUGGUAUUGUUGAAGUAUGCAACCUUCUAGAUCAAACUGAGAGGGCAGAUGACUGGCAUCAUCUCUGGUCACACUUACUAGACAGUCCAGUUGAGAUAAAACUUCAUAGAGAUGAGAAAGAAGGCUUUAUGGUUUUAUUGAAUCAGUGGUGCAGCAAGAAAUCACAGUCUGAAGCAACUGUUAAGCAUCUAAUUGAUGCACUGAAGUUAGCUGGCAGAAGUGAUGCUGCUGACGUCAUGAAACAGUACUGCAAGCCUUUGGAUGACGUACUACCUGUUCCUGUCAUUUCUGGUAAAUUCAAAAUGGAGUUGACUGAAGUCAAAGCAAUAAAAUUAGAUCUUGGUAAUGGCAAGUAUGUCAAACUACUUCAGACAUUUUCUAUCAUGGAAACAAUCGGAAUUCAAGGUGGCCUUCUGAGCUGCUCAAAAAAUGAGCAGUUCAUUUUUAUUCCUUCGGGUGCACUUCUGUCAGACACAAGCAUUGAAGCUACAGUUUACCAUGUUGUUGACUCAGUUGGAUUGGAUAGAGCAGAAUUUGUAACAAGCUUGUUGGAGGUCGCUCCACAUGAACUGAGGUUUGAGAAACCUAUUGAAAUUUUGAUGUCUCAUCAUCUGUUUAUUGAUGGUGACAGCAGUAAAGUUGAAGUUCUAUACCACAGUGGUGCAUCAGCAGAUGAUAGUGUUACAUCUUCUUGUCAGCUGACAUCAGUUAACGAGUCUUGCCUGGUCAAUGACAUGACAAUGACUCUUUGGGAAGAUUUUGUUCACAUUGAAACUUCCUAUUUUUGUAGGUUUGAUUUGCGCUGUGAAGGCACCUCUUUUAUUAAAGUUUGGGCAUCACUGCAUACAUCGAAGACCCCAAAUCCAGACCAAUUUUGUGUUAAACUAUUUCUUACAAAAUGUCGACCCAAGCCUCAUGAUGAGAUCUUUAAAGAUGUAGAAGUGACCGGCUGUGAAUUAGAAUGCAGAUAUUGCACACAGCUGACGUUAACUUGUGAAGAAAAAGAAGAUUUACAAGUGACUGUUGAGAUCCCCCCAAGCACAAAAGGAUGGAGAGCAAAGGGGAAUUCCAAUCUGCAUCAGGCCAUUCAGUAUAAAAAAAUUCAAAAUUUGGUUGUCCAGGAUAGGCCGUAUAUUAGCACCGACUUUGGUUUUGAUAAAACGUUGGAUGAUGAUGUAACCGAUUUUGCUCCAGUUUUUGUGUUGAAUGGUAUUCAAUGUAUUCUUUCUCCAUCAUCUACUUUUCGACAAACAUCUGACACUGUCUCAACUGUUAGUCAAGAAAACAGCAUUGCAAACAUGACCAAGGCAAGUGAUGUGCAGCAUCAAAGAUCGGUGCGUGCCAGCCAGUCACAACAGUCUAAAGAAACUGUUACACACAGUUCUGAUGGCAAAUUGAGCUUACCAGACCAUGGCAGUGUUAAUGGCAGUUCUACAGCUUCAACUCUUCAGGUUGGAAACGGAUUUUCCUGCAGCAGUCAGGUGUCCCAUAGUGAAGGUGUCGCGGAUGUGGAAAGGGAGGAACAUCAUGUUACUAACAGCAAUUUAUCUGUUGCAAGUUCUGCUGCCAAACAAGAUGUUGAAGAACCUUCAUUAAGUCUAUCUGACUUGAAACAGAACCGCCACCCUAAGGGCUUAGAUAGAAUUGUUACAAAGUGUGAUAUACAAUUUAUUUCUGGAUAUGAGAAAGUGGCUAAGAUGUCGCUGCAACUAGGGUGGCUGAUGUUUCAACGUGAUGACUAUUCACUUAUGGAUGUUAGAAACACUCUUAUGAAGGAUGUUCUAGAUCAACCAGAUUGCACGAAAGUCACUCAUGUGAUUGAAGAGUGGCGUCGAUGUAAACAAUAUGAGGCAACUGUUAGAGCAUUGAUAGACAUCUGUUGUCAGCACACUAUUGGCUGUGACAGGCAGUAUAUGGAAUCUACACUCAACUCACUUCCUCAACUUCAUUAUUCUUCCUCUGAACUCAAUCUGUCAAACAGACAACAUUGUAAAGUGAGCAACAAGGAUCUCGUUGAAGUAGCAAGUGCAGUGAGUGGAAAUUGGGGACAAUUCUCUGCCCGGCUUGAUCCAGAUCUGUUUACUGUUUUGGAGAGAAAGAAAAUUAGACAGUCACACAGUGAACCUUUCGAUCAAUCUCAUGCAAUGUUAGAGAAAUGGUCAGACAAGUUGGACAAGAAAGCUACUAAUGGGUUGGUGGUAGAGGUUUUGUUGAAGAACAACAUGCAAGCACAAGCCAACAAAAUAUUUGGGGAACAUCUUGUAAAAUACGUGGAAAGCAAUCGCUCUGACUAGGCAGCUUGGUUUGGGUGAGUGGCACAUGACAAUCUGUUCUCAGUCAGACUCAGCUUUGGUAAAGGCUGGGGACGUAGCAACACGAGAAUACCCAAGCAGUUGCUUAUGCUGGGUUGAAGUAUUUCUCAACAGUAUGCAGUAGCAUCACUUCUAGUAUGAACUAAAGAUUUCCCCACUACCCUACCCACGGGAUUGUAAUAGUUUAUGAUUUUUUAUGCUGGACUAAGGAUAGUUAUUUCGUAAAGAAAAAGGCAUUAGUCAUCCAGUCAAAGACCAGGUACUCGAUAUUCUGAAUUUGUGUCUCCGAAAGGAUGAAAUCAUUUGCCAGAAACCGUGUAUGUUAAAUCAGUGGACAAGGAAUUUAGUCAGACUCUCAGAAACCCUACAUGCUUGGUUUCCUACAAACAGUGAGUUUGCUAUUCUUAUGGAGCCUAAUAUGUACUUGGCACCUGAUACAAAAUUGCUACAUUCUGAGCAACGAAAGAGUUUGGUUCAAUGCCUUCGACUCUGUCCAAUACAGUCAACCACUCCAAUUUCUCAUCUUCUGAGUGACACUCAUGUUCAGGAAUGUCUUCUAAGGGUAACUGAAGUUAUGGAUAAAGAAGAUGACAUAAUAUGUGACGACUGGAGGAGUUUGUGGUGUGACCUGCUUCAAUGUCCUUUAAAUGAAGAAAUGAAGACGAAGAUUCGAGAAACCACAAGUCCAACUCUGUAUGUUAUGAAGAAAUGGAUGCGCAAGUCAACAUCAGCAACUGUUGGCAAACUAAUCGAACUUCUCAGUGCUAUUUAUCAAAAUGAUGUGGCAGAUAUUCUGAUGAAAUAUUUAAAUUAAAGAGAAUGUGAGAUGACGGCAGUCAGUACAGGCAACACAGACAGACAAUCAUCAAGUUCAUUCUGUGCAGAGUCGAGGGACAGUCAGAUAAAUCCUGAGCUGUCACUAAACAACAUAGCAAGGUAGCACCAGAUGAUCUAGUUGCUGUGGCAAGUACAGUGGGCGUAAACUGGGAGGAGCUCGCCACCAGAUUAGCACCAGUCAUGUUUAGUAUCAUAAAGACGGAGAAGAUUAAAGCUCAGUAUGGUAAACCUUUCAUUCAGUCUCGUUCAAUGUUGGAGGAAUGGGCAAACGGAUUGGACAAGGUGUGUGCAACAAGUCGGCAGAGUCAUGCAAGUACAAGCACUGCUGCUCGAACAACAACUGUGGGGACCACAUCCUUGUUCCGCUUGUCCCCUCCAACGCUCCAAUUAACGAACUCUAUUUGUCAACUCCAAUUAAUACUCACUGUUUGGCAACGUUUCGUUGACACCAUCCCGAUGCAGCUUUUGUUUACUCUCUAGUGCACGACGUCACACACGGUUGUGCUAUUGGUUUCUCUGGCCCAAGGAUUUCCCGUAUUAACCCAAACCUUUCUUCUGCCCAUGACCAUCCAAACGUUCAGAAACAAUUACAGAGUGAAUGUGAUCACGGACACAUGG